AUGAGCAAAGCCAAGGUCAACAUCAACGAGCGCUUCACGUUUGGCGAAACGCUCGGAAGCGGCUCAUUUGCCACGGUAGUGUCUGCUGUCGACAACAAGACCAACGUCCGCUAUGCAAUGAAAAUCAUCGACAAGAACCGGUGCCGUGGCCAGGAGGAUCAUAUCGUUAAAGAAAUCACAAUCUUGAAAAGCAUCAAGCACAAAAACUGCAUUCAGUUGUACGACGUCUUCGAGACCAAGAACAGCCUCUAUCUGCAGAUGGAAUAUGUCGAUGGCGGAGAACUGUUUGAUCGAAUUGUUAACUUGGGAUUCUACUCGGAAGGCGAUGCCAAGAACAUUGUCCUCAACAUUCUCACGGCUCUGGACUAUAUUCACGGAGAGGGAAUCGUCCAUCGGGACCUCAAGCCAGAAAACUUGCUGAUGGCAAGCAAGGAAGACAAUGCCGAGGUCAAGCUGGCCGAUUUUGGACUUGCCAGCGUGGCCACCAAUGACUACAUGCUGAAAACCAAUUGCGGAAGCCUGACCUACAUUGCUCCCGAAGUUCUCAAGUCACAGCCCUACGGAAAGCCCGUGGACAUGUGGGGUAUUGGUGUGAUCACCUACAUUCUGCUUUCCGGAUACCCUCCGUUCUGGGCCGAAGACGACGCCGGGAUCAUGGACAUCACCAUCAAGGGCAUCUACAAAUUCUUCUCUCCCGACUGGGACAACAUCACCGACGAUGCCAAGGACUUUAUCGCAAAGCUCUUGAUUGUCAAUCCCGAUAGCCGAAUGACGAGCUCCCAGGCCCUCAAGCAUAAAUGGCUGACAGAUUCCACCAGCCAAACGGUCGAUAUCUCCAAGACUGUCGGUGACAACCUGGUCAAGAACUUCAACUAUAGGAGAAAGCUCAAGGCCGGCAUCGACGCCGUAAUGGUCGCCUCCGGAUUCGUCAACUCUGUCAAGAAAGAGACCGAGAAGCAUCACUCUGACGCCAUCUCGGCCGGAUUGAAGGCCCUGAAGCUCAAAGCCCAGAACAACGCUGCAAAGUAACUGGGGGUCUGUGUCCCCAACUUGGCACAAGAUCUUGGCGAUUGCAUGCUGGGAGAACAAAUCAUAAUGCCUUGCGAUGUUGUGGUGCAAGAGGGCGGAUUGAAAAAUGGCUGUGUGUCGGGCUGGCGAGAGCAAGAGGAUGUGUGCCCAUUGUUGCUUGGAGGAGGGUGGAUGCAGCGAAUCGCACAUGGAAUAUCCUCUGAGAGAUUAUUGUAUUGGUCUUUGAAGCUUAUAGCCGAUCCGCUUGGUG